CUUACCUCUGUCCAAGAUGGCGGUGCUGCUGAGUGCUCUCCACCCGGCCUAGUCCCGUGUCCGAGGCGCCGCCAUGGAGGAGCCGGGGAGCGGCCCCCCCAGCCUCUUCGCGCUGAGCGGGGCGGCGGUGAGCUCCAGCAUGGGGGCCCUGGAGAGCGAGGUCUGGGCGCUGCCCGCCCAUAUCCUGCACGGCCUCCUGCCCCUGCUCAACGUCUACUACCUGGAGCGCGCCGAGGAUGCUGCCGCGAGCAAAGGACUCUCAACUCAGCCAAUAUGGCGCAAACUCUGGAACGAUGUAAUGAAAACCAGGCCACCCAAGUCGGAGCACAUAACCUGUUGGAGGAAGAAGUUCCUUGAAACUUUUUUCUCGAACAUCCUUCAUGGAGUCUUGGAUGUUUCUUCAGAUCAGCGCCUGAACGACGAUCGUUUUUCACCCUUGCUCCACAGCUCGCAACACGUGACCCAGCUCACCAUCCUCAACAUGCUGCAGGGGGUGACAGAGCUCACUGCUGAGCGCAACCGGAGAGUUGUAGAAAACCUGGCAGGCUGCUUGAAAACCUUGAAGUUUCGUCACCUGCUGUCCUCCGACUUGUCCAUUAGACACUCGUUGAGCUUGCUGCUUCAUCGCCUGAUCCACCAUGGGGCUGUCAACCAGGUGUCCGUGUAUUCCUGGCCUGUUCCUGACACGGUGCUCUUGGUCCUCAUUCUGAGCAUGAGCGCUGGGUUUUGGCAUCCAAGUAAGACACUUAUGCACCAUUGUGGCCCAUGCAGUCUUUGCAGAAAGGAACCUGAUUCCCAGACCCAAAAGUCAACUCAAGAUGACCUGGUAGACUCAAAGCAUCUGUGCCAUGGACAUACUGAGAAACUAGAGACGGGCCAACAUGGCAGUCAUGAGUCCAGUAGCAUAAAGAUCCAAAAUGCUUCCACCAAAGUCCCUGCAGAAGCCAAUCCAGACCCAAAAGCUUCAACAGAGCUCAAAGGAAGCAGUGGCUCUAAAACCCCAAUGCUCUAUGGCUUGAGGAACCAUCCUUUGCGGAACCGAGUGUGUCAUGAUGUGAGCUGCACAAUGCCCCCUGAGCAGUACAACGCUGAAAGGGAGUUGUCUUCCCCAUCAGAAAGGUCUUCAGCUGGCCCUGCUCUCCGAACGCCUCACAGAAAGCUUAAGUGUUCGUCAAGGAGGAAGCGCCGCAGCCCCAGGAGAAACUGGGGAUUGUGUGCAGAUCCAGAAGACCUUUAUGACUUUGUCUUCACUGUUGCUAGAGAGGCAACAAGAGAGACACUCAAUGAAAGUGUCCACGAAAGAGAAAACCUUGAUAGUUUGGCCAGUACCCCAGCAGACCGUCUUAGCUGUGAGAGUUUGGGCUGCAUGGGAAGAGGAGGCUCUUCUGGGAUUCUCUCUCUGAAAGCUGCAGCUCCCUUCCGAAGCAUAGCCACGUUGGAGUUGUUCUCCGUCCCUUUGACCGGGGACGCGUGUCGGACUCUGGGUAACCUGCUGAGCUCUUGGACCUCUUUAGAAAGCCUAGUUCUCUCCUACAAUGGCCUAGGUGCUAAUAUCUUCUGCAUCCUGUCUGGGCUCCGGGCCCUGUCUCACCACAAUGACCGCCGCCUUCGCGUGGUGCGUGUAAGCGAUGUCUUCUCGCACGUCCCUUCAGUGGAGCUUGUUCACUGCAUCCUGAGCGCCUUCCCCUGGCUCCGCACACUCUCCGUCAGCUUCGAUCUCAAACACCACCUCGAGGGGAGUAGACCAGAAGGCAGUCUGAACUCCUUGGAGGAGAUCCCAGAGAGCUGCCUGGAACAGCUGGAGAUCCGGUUCCCCAGAGAACCACUGCAGACUGCACUCCUGCUGCCUGUCUUGAAAGCCUCGAGAUCUCUCCAGCAGCUGUCCCUAGAUAGCGCAGCGCUACCAUGUCCCCAAGAGUUCGGGCUGCUUCUGCAGGCACUCAAAGAGCGCAACCCAGACCUGAAGAAGCUGAGCUUCCACGAUGUCAACCUGGCUGACCAUCAGGAAGAAGUCCUCCUCCUGCUUCAGGACCCCAUCCUCCAAGAAAUCACAUUCUCCUUUUGCCGGCUGUUUGAAAGCUCCACCGCCGAGUUCCUCUCUGAAAUAAUCAAUGUAGUGAAGAGAAAUUCAUCUCUGAAGAGCCUCAAACUACCCGGAAACAGACUUGGGAAUCACCGGCUGGUUGCUCUAGCAGAUAUUUUCUCUGAAGAUUCAUCCUCUUCCAUCUGCCAGCUGGAUGUCAGCUCCAACUGCAUUAAGCCUGACGGACUCCUGGAGUUCACCAAGAAGCUGGAGAGCCACCUGCUGCAGCGAGGCGAGCGGGCCAAAUUCACCCACCUUCGCCUCUUCCAGAAUUGGCUGGACCAGGAUGUUGCAACAGCACAGGAGGCACUCCAGCGCCUCAGAGCAGUGUGCAGCGUGGUCAGCGACACAUGGGACUCCUCCCAGGCCUUUGCCGAUUACAUCAGCGUGAUGUGAUGGGCAGGGCCUGCCAAGCAGCCUCCUACCUUGAUUUCAAAUUCCACAGGGACAUUGCCCCCAGGGCUCCUUUUCCAUUGUAUUCCAGAGGGGAGGGAAGCAUUAGGUGGGCUCAGAUGACACUAGGCUGAGUCAAAAAGCAAGGGGAUCUUGCUUGCAUUGUGCAGAAUUGACCAUGUAACUCAUGGUGCAGCUGGAGAAGCAGAAGUGUGAUUAGGGGAGGGGAAGAAACUCAGCAGUAAAGAACUGAUCAGAGCGGAGGGGACCUGAGGAUUAGGGACAGAAAUAAGGUGAUUCUGCCAGAUGUGUUUGA